UGAAUUUAUACUAAGAGAAGCGACAGUGUGACCAGCUAGAGAGCCUUCUUCUAUUCACCCCAACACCAUCAGCCUUUUUUUUUUCUUCCCUUUGUCAGUUUUCUUUCUCCUUUAUUCCUCUGCUGAAGUAAAAAGAGCCUCAGGGCCAGUAGCUCUAACAGAAAAAGGAAACAGGAAGGACAGGAGGCUGCAGGCUCCAACUGAGGCAAACGCAAGUCGAUGACUGAGAUCUCCGCCUCCCAUGAUGGACAAGAAAAGUGCCAACGGCUUCCAGACCAAAGCCAAUGAGGGCAGCAUUCAGAAGAAGCAGCUGCCCUACUCAGUGGAAACCCCCUAUGGCUUCCACCUGGACCUGGACUUCCUCAAGUAUGUUGACGACAUUGAAAAAGGCAACACCAUCAAACGGGUUCAUAUUCAGCGCAGGGUCAAGAGCCCGGCCAAAUUCAGCACACUUCCCCGAAAUUUCAGUCUUCCGGGACACGGGGCCAGGCCUCCCCCUAAUGAAAAGGACAGCACAUGGUCCGGGACUUCCACCUUGGGGCCCAAGCCAAAAUCACGGGUGACGGAGGUCCAACAGAUCUACGACUUUAGGGCAAACGAAGGGGGGACCUCCAGCCAUAGCAGAGCCUAUGUUUCAGCGAAGCCCCGGGACGAAUUAGGAGCUGGAGCAAAGGAUGUUGAGGAGAAGACGUUGGGAAUUCAAAGUCGUCCGAACCUGCUCCGGGCAUCGAGCAUGCCCAUCACCCUGCAGCAAAGAAAAGGUUCCGAUUCGAGCAGUCCAGAUCGCGUUGUAGGAACACCGGAGAGUGGCUCGACGGAGAACGUGUUUCGGGCGUCACCGGACAUAACUGAGAGACGGUGCAUUCCUCAGGAUCGGACGGGGCUCCACCAGCAGAUCACAGUGGCGCUGAAGAGGGUCAGGGAGCUAGAAGAGCAGGUCAAAACCAUCCCAGAACUCAAGGCUCAGAUCUGCUCACUGAGGGAGGAGAGGGAGAAGCUGCUCCUUCAGCUACGUGCCCAUGCCCAAGCCCACAGCACAGCCCAGGUUCCCCCAUUACCCUCUACAAUAGCCGCCAAGCACGAUACUGGGACACACACUCAACCACAAGGACACCGACCUUCAGCCGGGCUCAACUUAGCUCUGAAGACUCAGCCCACUGGAGGUUUAGAGUCUUCAGGGCAUGUGCCGACGAAUCUUGUUACAGAGAAAAGUAAAGUGUUUCAAAAAGAGAAGGACAUAAAUCAAGAAUCCUUGAACAGCACAUCAGCACAUUCAGAAACGAGUAGGUUGUCAGAGCAUGAAUCGGUGAGAGGAACACAACUGUCAGAAAAAGUGCAAACAGAGACUUUGGGGAGUACACUGGAUGAUGCAGUGCAAAAGCUAUCACAAGAUAUUGCCGGACAGGAAUUAUCAUCACUCAGGGAGGCUUUAAAAGACGCAGAGACCAGCAAGAUUCAAGAUGGUGAUGCAGCAAAAGCAGGCAAACUCGAGGAACCCGACAGUGUGCAGAAUCUACAGGAAAAGCUGAUGAUACUAGAGGCUAAACUUACUCGGGCUAGCCAAGAUCUGGAGAGAACCAAUACACUAUUGAAAGAACAAAUAGAUGAGAACAAGGUAAAAGAGGAGAGAAUACUACAACUGAGUGACGGAGUGGAGGUGUGCACUCCAGAAGCACAAAACAGACCCAGAAGAGAGAGUAUGGACACAGGGACAGAGACAGAGAAAGUAGAUUUCACCCACCAAGAGACAGAGACAGAGUCAGCUGGUACAGUAGAUCAGGGAACAGAUACAGACAGAAUCUGCAUUAAGGUGUCUGGGGCCACACCAGGGGCUGAAAGUAUCAACGACGAAACAGAAACCGAUAAAGUGGACGCAGAGGAACAGUUGAUAGAGACAAAGGCGGCUGCCGUGAGCCCACCGAGACCCAGAGCCAACAGCAUCGAGCGGGGCACCGUGACCGAGAGGGUCGCCACUCAGGACAAGACGACAGAGACGCCGGCCGCAGCGAGGGUGAACCAAGUCGCAGAAACACAGGGCGAGACGGCAAUUAACCAUCCCCGCAGACCCCGGGCAAGCAGUGUGGAUCGGGGGACAGAGACGGACAGAGUGAACACUGUGGACAGGGUGACGGAGACAGCGGAAGCACAGAGGACAGACCGGAAUACUGGGACAGAGGCAGAGAGACUCCGGGAUCGCAACCCGGCCAGAGAUGCAGAGGUAGAGAGUCAAGUGACGGAACUUCCAGGCAGUGAAAGGUCAGAAGAAGUAGGCAGCAGGGUUAGUGGAGGAGGGGAGGAUACGGAAGCUAAUGAAACAGUUCAAAGGGAGAGUGAACGUGUGGCGGUGAAAGACACUUCGGUUGCUCUUCCCGAGAGCAACGUUGAAGAAACUGUAGUUUCAGAUACUCCAAGCCGGGGUCAAGUGUGCACCAGUGCACUUGUCGCAGGAGCAGAAAAAAACGAGCCCAAGAUCGAAACGGUUACUUCACAGAAUGACCCAGGAACAAAAGAGAUCGAACCCCUCAUAAGUAAAGUAAGAGACAAUGUUGAAGCCCAUCAGAUUUCCGAGGAGACCACGGAGGAGAAAAAAACAGCACAAGGUGUGAUUGUGUGUGCGACAACCACCGACCCAGUUGUAGUAAUAGCUGAAGAGAACGUGAGCGUGAAGGCAGCAGCCCCUGUUCGACCCCACAGGGCGCGGAAGCUCUCAGCUGAGCAGGUGCAGCCGACAGCCGCUCAGGCUCAGGCCGCCCCGGUGCGUCCUCGUCGGGGAUCCGGUGAAACUCAAGCCCAGCGGCCCCGGGCCCAGGAGAAGGUUCAAGUUCCACUUCAGCCCGAGGCCCAAACCCAGUCUCAGCUCCUCGAAGCACAGGCAAAACAUCAAGCCCCGUGCCCGUCUCAGGGUGAGGACGGCAGCCUCGCAGAGAGGCCUCAAAUGAAAUCACAACCACGGGCCGAGACUCAAGGUGCACCACCGGGCUCUGGGGUAAAAAACCGGCCCAAGUCGAUUCACGCGCAGCCCCAAACCACCGGAAGCAGACGGCAUUCUAAAGAGCUGAAAGCAUCGCAAGCUUCCGGUGGAGCACCGGGGGAAGCCCAGACCCGCCCAACCCGCCAGGUUGAGGCUCAACCCUCGUCCCAGGGCCCCGGGAGAAAGUGCGGCGAGACUCAACCCGCUCAAAAAACGCCCGGCGAGACACAGUCGCUGCGCAGAGGCUCCGGCGCCGAGGCGUCUCAACGUCGCGUUUCGAGCGAGGCCCCCGACCCGCGCCGGGGGGCCGGCGAGGCCGAGCCUCAGCGCCGGGGCUCCGGCGAGUCGCCUGCGGCUCUGGGCCAAGUCGUGACCCGCCUGACGGGGCUUCUGGGCGAGCAGUGGGCCCAGCUGGGGAGCGGCGCCGGUGCUCAGCAGGCCGCCGGCCAGCAGGAAGGCCCCGGCGCACAGGCCGCGGGGAGGAGAGGAGCAGAGGCGGCGAAAGGAGCGCCAGCGAGGCCUCCCGGGAAAGCAGCCCCGGGGGCGACGGCGGGGAAAGCAACGGGGAAGCCCGCUGCCGCCUCCAAGAUGAGCUCCAUCCAAAGCCAACUGGUCAGCUCCCUCAGCGUCCUCUCCGCCUUCUACUCACCGGCACAGAAAGCUGCAGCUGCCAGCAAACAGCAAGACCGAGGUCUCAAGUCAAUUAUGAAGAAAAAUGGGGUUGCUGACAAGCAAGGGAACAAGGGAGCCAAGAAAAACCUGAAGUUUGUGGGGGUGAAUGGAGGCUAUGAGUCGACAUCCAGCGAAGAGUCCAGUGGAGAUGAGAAGUCCAAGGUGGAGGUGGAGAAAGGAAGCGCAUCACCAGAGGUAGAGAAAGAAAAGGAAACGGAGCCUCAGCCAGCAGACAAGCCUGAGGAGGGAGCGGGGACACAGGAGAAGGAUGCAGCACAGGUCCCCCCUGAGGCAGGAGGUGCCAUGGCUGCAGAGAAGGACGGUGAAAGAGGCCUCCUGGAUGUAGAAGGCAGUCAGGAGCUUCCGGAAGAAAAGGCCGAAGGGGAGAAAGUUGACCAGGGGUUUAUUGACGCCUGCCUCUAUGUAAAAGACCGAAUGGAAGAGGUUUCGUCACCAGAUAAAGAAAUGCGUCAGGUCCUAGUAGUGCUCUACCAAGAGUGGUUCAAGAUAUCCAGUCAGAAAGAGUCGCAGGUCGAUACCGUCAGAUCAUACCUGAGACAAGUGGGCUUCACCACGCCCACGCUCCUGCCAUACGUGGUCAACUUAACCGACGGCAACGGGAACAUGGCCCUCCACUACAGCGUGUCGCAUUCAAAUUUCCCUGUGGUCAAGCUGCUGCUGGAUACUGGUCUUUGUGAGACGGACAACGUAAACAAGGCAGGCUACACUCCGGUGAUGCUCGCCGCACUGACAGCUGCCGAGAGCCCCGACGACCUGGAGGUUGCGCAACAACUGUUGAGAAUGGGUGACGUCAAUGCAUGCUCCAGACAGGCGGGCCAGACGGCACUCAUGCUCGCGGUGAGCCACGGCCGCGUUGCCAUGGUAAAGCUGCUCCUGAGCUGCGGCGCCGACGUAAACGCGCAGGACCGAGAGGGCUCCACGGCCCUGAUGUGUGCCAGCGAACACGGACACACAAACAUCGUUCGUAUGCUGCUGGAGACGGGUCGCUGCGACGGCGCCCUCGUGGACAAGAAUGGACAGACAGCGCGGUCUGUGGCAGAAGGAGCCUCCCACCAGGAGAUACUUGACCUUCUGAAGGCCCACGCUGAGACCCGAGGCCCUCGGUCCUUUUUUACAACGGACCCCCAGUGAACCAGGCCAACCCUCAUGUCUCCAAACCACUCCAGCUCUCCAACCAACAACCACGCAAUUCCCAAGACUAUUUUCUCACCAACAAAGAGGAAAAAGGAUUUCACUCAACUCAACCUCAGACAAGAUGACACCAUACAAGACUCAGUAUGCAGAGUGAAACAAGUGGUCGUGCUCUGUUGCUGAGGCCCUGUGGGUGUUUAUGGAUAUGCUGCAUUUAACCACUCAGUGGAUAGACAACAAAUGAGACCCUGUGGAUUUGAUGAUAAGGCGUCGCCAUGGUGACGACCCGUAUUGACAGGAAAUCACACAUGAGACAGGGUGAGAAUAUUAAAGGGCAGCAGGGACGGACUGACUGGCAGAUGAGAGACGCUCUGAAAAACGGCUGCUUCUUCGACGAGCUCUUCAAGCAAAAUACUAAGCACAUGAUCUACCUUUCAAAUAUAUAAUAUUAAAUAUGACAUCAUUUCUAUUUUUCCUUAAUGAGAUUGGCAUUAUUAUUUCCAUAUUUGAAUAUAGAAAUGAUAUACACCUUAUAUGUAGAAUGUUAUUCGAAUGCAUUAUACUCAUACAGAAACAAAGGAAACUGUAUUUUCUGCUGCACUUUUUUAUUGUGUUUGUGUAAAGUAAAUAGUCCUCUCUAAGAAACUAUAUACAUAUAAAAGUGUGAAUUAUAAAAAGAUGUUAUAUAAUUAUAGAACAGAACUUCUAGGGGAAUUUCCCAUCAUUCAGUGGAUAUCAAACAAUAAUUAUUGUAUUGUUUUUGCCAUAGUAAUGAUGUUUUUCCAGAUACAGGGACGUGGGUGAAAAUGUUUUCUGUUUGACAUUUCUAUGUUAUGAAUUUUUAUAACCACAAUAUUACCAGAUUAACGAAAGACAAAUGUUUUCUAAUAAGAAGAUUGUUCAGUUCAGAAGGUGCUGCAUGACGAUACACAGUUCCUCCCCCUACUGGCUGGCAUUUAACACUAAACGAGCGGCAGUAUGUUGUAAUACUGUUUUUCAUGAUAAGCAUCUCUCUCCUUCUGCUCCCUCAGUUCAAAUAGAACAUGUGUCUUGUUUGCCUGCUCAUUUCAAAUCAAAUCCUGUAUGCAACUGCUACAGAAUGCACAAUGAAUGUCAGGCAGGCUGUGACAC